AUGACUCUAGCCCCGAAGUUCGUUGGGGAUAAGGAGAUAAAAGACUUUUUCCCCAUCAGUAUGGUAAGAUGUGUGUACAAGGUUAUAUCGAAGGUAUUGGUACGAAGAAUGCGAAGUGUAAUGCCACAUUUAGUAGGUGAGACACAGACUGCUUUUGUGAAGGGGAGAAAGAUACAUGAUGGAGCUUUGAUUGCUUCUGAGACUGUGCAAUGGCUGAAGAUGAGAAAGAACUUGCCAUCUAAGUCUUUUAAGAUGGAACGAUGCUUGAGGCAAGGGGAUCUUCUAUCCUUUUUUCUCUUUGUCCUUGUUGUUGAUGUCCUCCAUAGGAUAGUAAUUGAGGCGGUGAAGAAGAAUAGGAUCUCUCCGUUGUUGGUUGGAAGAGACAAUAUUGAAUUGUUCCACUUACAGUUUACAGAUGACACUGUCGUAUUCUGUCCACAAGAUGAGAUUACAAUCAGGAAUUACAUGAGGCUUCUGCGGUGUUUCGAGGUGAUGUCAGGGUUGAGUAUUAAUUUUGAUAAGUCAAGCUUGAUCCCAGUAAAUUGUGAGAGGGAGUGGACGCAAAGAAUGUGCAAGUUGUUGGGGUGUAAGGAAGCAUCACUGCCAAUUAAAUAUCUUGGUAUUCCACUUGGCGCGAAUUCGAGACUUGUCAAGACAUGGAGACCGAUAGUAGAGAAGGUAGAAGAGAAACUCAGUUUGUGGAAAGUGAAAACCUUAAACAAAGCUAGUAAGCUGGUUCUUAUUAAAUCAGUACUUAAUAGUCUGCCAGUUUAUUACCUUAGCUUAUACAAAAUGCCGAAAGCAGUAGUAGAGAAGUUAAUCUCACUGCAGAGGAGAUUUCUUUAG